AUGGAUCGUGAACAAGGGAUGGACAGCAAUAGCUACCGCUAUGAAGAAGAGGAAGAUCAUGAGUCCAUUUACAUCGGCGUCCCAGCCUCUCGGGGCUACCGGCGUAGACGCAGACGCCGGCGCUCGUCGAUGUCCAGCCUCGAGGCCAUGGAUGCUGAGAGAGCGCCGUGUGACGACCACCGCCAACGCGAGCACCGCGACCCAGAGCCCACGAGCCCGGAGCAAGCAGAGCACAGCCUGGACAUCAGCAGGAACAUAUCCCCAGCUGCAGAGCGUCUGCGGUAUAUUUUAGGAGACGCUGAAGAUGCCACGCCCACACCCACCCUCUUCACCGAGAUGGACACACUCCAACACGAGGGUGAUGAACUAGAGUGGAGGGAGUCGGCCAGAUGGGUGAAGUUUGAGGAGAAGGUGGAGGAGGGUGGUGAGAGGUGGAGCAAGCCGCAUGUGUCCACGCUGUCGCUGCACAGCCUGUUCGAGCUGCGCACGUGCCUGCAGACCGGCGUGGUUCUUCUCGACCUGGACGGCUACUCCCUGCCACAGAUCGUAGAUGACAUCAUUGAGCGUCACGUGGAGGAGGGCGUGGUUGGCCCGGAGCUGAGGGACAAGAUCAGCUUUGUGCUGCUGAGGAAACACAGGCACCAGACCAAGAAGCCCAUCCACCACUCCCUGGCUGACCUGGGCAAGGGCAGCUCCGCCCCCUCGCGGAGUCUGGCCUGUGCCCUCCCUUCUGCCUUCAGCCGCUCCACAGAAGACUUGCGCAGUUGUGGACAUCUGCGUCAUACACAAAGCAGAAGUAUGAAUGAUAUUUCCUAUGUCCCAAGCACAGAACAGUUGAAGAACAGGUUCAUGAAGAAGAUUCCGAGGGACGCGGAGGCCUCCAACGUGCUGGUGGGGGAGGUGGACUUCCUCCCCAGACCCUUCGUGGCAUUCGUGCGGCUGGCUCAGGCCACGACGCUGGGUGGUCUCACUGAGGUCCCGGUGCCCACCAGAUUCCUGUUUGUGCUUCUGGGGCCUCCUGACAAAGCCAAGUCCUACAGCGAGAUCGGCCGGGCAAUUGCUACACUGAUGGUGGAUGACCUUUUCAGCGACGUGGCCUACAAGGCCAGGGACCGAGACGACCUGAUCGCGGGUAUCGAUGAAUUCUUGGACGAGGUGAUCGUACUCCCACCUGGCGAGUGGGACCCCAACAUCCGCAUCGAGCCCCCCAAGAAAGUGCCCUCGGCAGAGCAAAGGAAGUCGGCGUUCUCCCUGAACGAGCUUGGUCAGACCAACUGCGUGCCGGGCACCGGCGGCGCGGACAAGGAGAUGCCCAUGCCGCAUGAGCUUGGCGAGGAGCUCCUGCACACCGGCAGGUUUUGUGGCGGCCUCCUCCUGGACAUCAAGCGGAAGCUGCCCUGGUACUUCAGCGACUUCUACCAGGGCUUCCACAUCCAAUCACUCUCAGCUGUGCUCUUCAUCUACAUGGGCUGUGUCACCAAUGCCAUCACCUUCGGGGGCCUCCUUGGGGAUGCCACAGACAACUACCAGGGGGUGAUGGAGAGUUUCCUGGGCACGGCCCUGGCCGGCGCCGUCUUCUGUCUGCUUGGCGGCCAACCCCUCAUCAUCCUCAGCUCCACAGGGCCCAUCCUCAUCUUCGAGAAGCUGCUCUACGACUUCAGCAAGAGCAGUGCCCUCGACUACAUGGAGCUCCGUCUGUGGGUGGGCAUGCACGCCUGCUUACAGUGCCUCGUCCUGGUAGCCGCCGACGCGAGCUGCGUCAUCAGGUACGUGACGCGCUUCACGGAGGAGGGCUUCUCAAGCCUCAUCUCCCUCAUCUUCAUCUCCGACGCUGUCAAGAAGAUGGCUGCCACCUUCCGCUCCUACCCCAUCGACGCAGCCUUCAGCCCUGAGCGCAUCGCCGCCUACAAGUGUGAGUGCGUCGCGCCUGACUCGGGUGAUAUCUCAUUAUUAUGCGAUACUACUCCGUCUCCCUCGCUCGACCCCCCGCGCGUCUCUGCGUCUCAGACGAAUUUAACAGCUCUGGACUGGAGCCAGCUGGGUAAGAGUGAGUGUGUGAAGUACGGCGGCUCUCUGGUGGGGAACUCCUGCGGCUACGUCCCUGACCUGGCGCUCCUGUCCUUCAUCCUGUUCUUCGGGACCUACUCCACGACCGUCUCACUGAAGAAGUUCAAGUUUACACGCUACUUCCCCACUAAGGUGCGGAAGCUUAUCAGUGACUUCUCCAUUUUCAUGUCCAUCGUGACGUUUGUGGGUCUGGACAUGGCAAUGGGUCUGAAAACACCCAAACUCAUUGUGCCCACUGAGUUCAAGCCGACCCGUCCAGACCGAGGCUGGCUCGUCAUGCCCUUCGGGAAGAACCCGUGGUGGGUGUCCCUGGCCAGCUUCGCCCCCGCCCUGCUCGUCACCAUCCUCGUCUUCAUGGACCAGCAGAUCAGUGCCGUCAUCGUCAACCGGAAGGAAAACAAGCUCAAGAAAGGGUGCGGGUACCACCUGGACCUGUUCUGGGUGGGUGUGCUUCUGGCUCUCUGCUCUCUGGUGGGCCUGCCUUGGUACGUGGCUGCCACCGUCAUCUCCAUCGCCCACAUUGACUCCCUCAGGAUGGAGAGCGAGUCGAGCGCCCCGGGCGAGCAGCCACAGUUCCUGGGCGUGAGGGAGCAGCGAAUGACCGGCAUCCUGGUCUUUGUGUUAACCGGAACCUCCAUCUUCCUGGCCCCCGUUCUGCAGUUGAUCCCCAUGCCGGUGCUCUAUGGCGUCUUCUUCUACAUGGGUGUGGCCUCUCUCAGCGGCAUCCAGUUCUGGGACAGGGUCAAGCUGUUCCUCAUGCCGGCGAAGCACCAGCCGGAUCACGACUACCUGCGCCACGUGCCCCUCCGCCGGGUCCACCUCUUCACACUCCUGCAGAUCACCUGCCUGGCUGCGCUCUGGGCCCUCAAGUCCACCGUUCUCGCCAUCAUCUUCCCCGUCAUGAUCCUCGGCCUGAUGCUAGUGCGAAAGCUGCUGGACGCGGCGUUUUCGCAGCACGACCUGGCUUGGCUCGACGACUUGCUGCCCUGGCCGAAGCGGACGAGGAGUAACCGCCGUAACUGCGGCGGCGGGAAGGACGGCGACAUGGACGGCGAAAAGCGCCUGUGGUGGUCUGGUUGUGACCCGGGAGCAGCGGAUCUGGGCUACAGAGUCGGAGAAGAGGGAGACGUCUGGAGCGCGACACCCACCCCUGUCCUGCAAAGGAGGGGUCACGCCUCUGGCCCUCGGCCUUCGGAUGUCCCCUCCAUCGCGUCACCUCUCCCCCCUCCUCUUUCUCGCACCGGUAACGGGACCUUGGCGUCCCGCGGCAUCACCCUACACCUUAAGAUCUCGUGCCCUCCGUCGCCGGGGGCAGAGGCAGGUGGCAUCCAGCUCGCUCUGCCUCAGGUCAAGAUCGAGAUAGAGUCCGAGGACGACGACACGGAUGCGGAGCUGAGGGACUGGGAAUGCGAACGGGGCAACGAGAUGACCCUCUGACCGCACUCACCUCUUACACGCGUUUUGAUCUUAAUAAAACACGACUCAGGUUUUCUCUGAACAGGAUUUCAAGUGAUUUCUGGGAACCAGUGUGUUUGGCUUUGCAGUUUUUUUUUAACUGGGGAACCUGACAACAUUGAAUGAAUACAAGAACUAUUUCUCAGCGACUUAAUGGUUGUAAUAUGAAACAUGGAACUACUUAAUGUGUGCUUGCAUGCUACAAACCUUCAUUGUCCUUUGUAUUAAGACCCAAAUCAAACCUUUAAAAAAUUCAAUGAAAUUGGUGAAGGAAAAUUUAGGUCCAGAGGAGAUGUAAACUGGGGUUGAAGCAUUGUGUUCUUUUGUUCCCUGAAUGUAUUUUAGGUCAAUGCCUUUAUAUUGAAAUGUAUGUAGAAUCUACACCUUUAAAAAAAAUGUACUAACUUUAUUAGCUAGAAAAAAAAUGUUAUUGCAGAGAACUGUGGAGUAUCACUUUUUCCCUAAGAGUAUCACCUUUUCCCUAAGACAUCUGGGAAAAGGGACACUGCGUGAAGCCGGAGCUUUCCUGUGAAGGACAUUUUGUGCCUGUGCACCACACACAGCCUUGCAGCUGGCUCCUUCCAGCUCCUCGCGUGGCUUAAACGAACCAGAGGAAUAGGAACAUCGGAAAGGAGACGUGGCUUUAAAAAUAACACCCCCGUUCCUUGACUUUACAACAGUUGGAAUGGCAGAAAAGGGAAACAUCGGGUUUGUGUGAGGAGCGGCGAGGCUGGUUUGUCUCCAGCUGUGUGUGGAGGGGUCGGCGGU